AUGAUGAUGGCCAGGUGUGAGGAGAGGCCAGACGAUCUCCCUCGAGUUAAGCUAGACGGUCCCUUCUGUGCUCCAGCACAAAGCAUCAAAGCAGACUUUAUGGGUCCGCCCUUGGUAAGAGAGACCGCUCCUAAGCGAUCGUCAACGAAGAAGUGGUGGAGUAAACAGAGUGCUAGCACCCGCGACUUGGAAUAUACCAGCGACCUCGGUGAUAGCGACGACGAUGACCUAGAGCGCGGCCAGCUCGAUGGCACAGCGGCACAGAAUAAUCAUUGCGGGUGCUCCCAGGAUGAUGUCAUCGUAUGCAUCGGUGCAGGAGUGGGUAUUACACCCUUCUUGAGCAGCCUUGAUGCAAUGCUCAAGAAGGCAGCCGCGCAUAAGGCCUCAGGUGAACACGAAGAGAUUUGUCGAAACAAGAAGGUAUGGUUUUAUUGGCUCACUCGGAAUGCAGGGGACUUCCUCUCCGGCGUGAGUAUAUUGCGUCAGCUUUCGGCAGCUGCUUCAAGAAUGCUCCACAAUGGUGACACCGGCCUAGCUGGGCUCAUAGAGGUCCAUUUGAGAUUGCAUGUUACUGCUGCAGUCGGGUCAGCCACGGCUUCUACACCAUCGGACGAGGAGAAUAAGUAG